GUACAUGAAGUAUCUCUACCCUUACGAAUGCGACAAGCAGGGCCUAAGCUCCCCCGGAGAGCUGCAGGCCGCCAUUGACAGCAACCGCCGGGAAGGGAGGCGUCAGAUGUUUGGGGCCACCCUGUUCAGCUACUCGCCCACGGGCACGCCAGCCACCCUCGCUUCCCCCAAGGUCCCUCUGCCCUCCCUCACCAUCGCCACCCACAACGGGAGCCAGAUCGGACAGGCUCGCACCGUCAAAAAUGAAGAGAGCCUCCUGUCGUCUGGGGUGCCCAGCCGCAUCGCCAUCCCGGUCAGCCUAGCCGGGCAUCACCUGGUGGCAGCACAAGCGGCGGCAUCGCAGGCGGCCGCCCUGGAGCAGCUGCGGGAGAAGCUGGAGACCAGCGAGCCCCCGGAGAAGAAGAUGGCGCUGGUGGCCGAGGAGCAGCAGCGCCUGGUCCAGCAGGCUCUUCAGCAGAACCUCCUGGCCAUGGCCUCCCAGUUCCCAGUCAACAUCAAGGUCAACAGUCGCGCAGAUGACAGACAGGAGACGGCAUUGAACCUGUCCACCAACAGCAUUAGCAGCCUCAACAUGUCGAUAGAAAUAAACGGCGUUGUCUACACAGGCGUGCUGUUUGCCAGGCCUUCUUCUUCUUCUUCUUCUUCUUCUUCUUCUUCUUCUUCUUCUUCUUCUUCUUCUUCUUCUUCUUCUUCUUCUUCUUCUUCUAGCAGCACCGCUGGAGCUGUUCGGGAACUCCUAGGAGCUCAUUCAAGGAGGGUCAACAAAGUCAAGACGUCCACCUUCUCUUUGAGGAAUGCCACACAGCGGGCCUACCUAAAAGGCCUUCGGCUGCAUGUUCACAGCUGCUCUCACCUCCAUAUGCAGACAUGGGGAGGCUGCUACCACGUGGUCCCUAGUCUUGAAGGUCUUCUCCCAGGUAUUAAAGACUGCUACCCAGGAAGUAGAGUCCUGACGCUUGCUUGGGAUUUAAAGGAGGAGGAGGAGGAGGCCACUGACACAGGGGGGAAAAACGGGGCAGACGAAUUUAAGAGCUUGGCAUGA